AUGAGUGAACACUCAGGACCGAGUGGAUUUAGUUUGAUUUCUGAGAAUAAAAAGCCUGUGUCACCAAUGAAUUUACAACGACUCAGCAUCAGUAUUGGUCGUAAGAGUUUGAUUCCAUUUUUCGAUAUAUUACAUAAACGUUCUCAGUCCACCUCUGUUACAAUAUGCAAAACAUCAGAUGAAAGUCAUUUUAUGCAGACUGCAGGAUUUCAGUUUCUUUCACAUCAAAGCUACUAUCCUUUGAUGAUAGAGACAGUAACAAAGCAGUUGGACAUUAUUGAUAAAUUUGUUACUAUGAUGGAACAUAUGGCUGAUGUAAGGCAGUCUUAUUCUACGGCGUUGAAGGAAAUCUGCACUAAUUUCUCUGAAGGCAGUGAUAAUGUAGAUGAUACACAAAAUGAUGAUACUAAUGGAAUAUUUCAUGACAUUUGGGAGAAGUUUAUUGAAAAAGUUGGAAAUGAAGCUGAGCUUCAAGAAAAUGUUGUCCAACAGACUAAAACGAAGGUGAUUGUACCUUUACAGUGGAUUGUCAAGCACAGAAGACAACAGAUUUCUCGUUUAAAAUCUUUCCGUGCAUCAACCGAUUCAACACUUAGAGAGUGCAGUGAAAGAGUUAUUGAGUUACAUGGUAAUUAUUCAGAAUUGUACAAAGUUCACCGUGAAAUUUUACAAACUAAAGCCAUAAAAGAUCUAUUAAAUGCACAUAACUCCUAUGUACUCCAGUUGCAUAUGACAAACACAAUGAAAGAAUAUUAUCAUAAUUUAAUUUUGCCACAGAUUAUGCAAGAGUUUGAGACAAUAAUCAAAGAGAACACAACGGAAUUUAGAGAGAUUUUUGAUUACUUUGGUUCACUUCAUGAAAAUAUGUUUGAUCAGCUGAUGAGUAACAUACAUGAUUUCCACUCUAAAGUGAAAGAAAUUUCUCCAGAUACCAUUGUGGCAAUUACUGUACAGAAUAUGAGUAGAAGGCAAAGCCCUUUACACUGGCAACUCACUGAAUACCUUCCGCCUGAUUGUGACUGUCCUGAAAUUCUCUGCUCAGACAAUAUAAUUGUGGAUAGUUUAGUCAAAGUAGAACUACAAACAAAAUUUAGUGAACUAAAACGUCAAUUUGCUGAACUUUCUUCAUUUAUGCAACAGAAUGUGGAUGUUGUAAAUACACUGAAAACACUUGAGAAAAGAAUCGAUCUUCAUAGGCACGCUGUUCAUACUAAUUUGAAACUGCAAGAUGAUAUUUAUCGCAAAGAAGAUGAAAUACGCAAGGCGAGAAUAGCACUGGCUGGGAUAGAAAUUCAAGUGAGUUAA